AUGGACCAUCAAGGGAUAUCACUAGACGCCGCUCAUCCGCGACCCGAUGAGUAUGCUCGCAUUAAUGGUCUAACGGUUGAUUCUCAGGGAGACAUAUCCCCCCUAUUUAGCCAUGUUCAAGACACUCAGUUAUUAUCCAACGAACAGACUAAUGAUGCAGCUCUUCCUCAACUCCAUAUUCCAUAUAUCGUUCCUCGAACCGAGCAACUCAGUGUAUCCAAGGAGUCUAUUGAGUUGUUAAGCAUCGCCACCAUAAUAGGACGUCAGAAUGAACAAGCGUUCAAAGUCCCCUCCCUUAGAGAUAUUGCAAAAUUGAAACUAGAGCCACCCUUACUUCGCAGUGACCCAGAGUACGAUUGUCGAGAACUAGCCCGAUGUGUCCAGGAACAGAGGAGGGAUGAUAUAGACCUAACAAGUGUACCGUCAGAGCCUCUAGACACAUCGAAUGAUGAGAGCCUCGACUUCCCAGAUACGGCCUAUCAAUACAGACGGAGGCUCCUUAAAGAAAUCCAAAACGAGAAGCUAGAUAUACCACGGGAAAUACUAUGUUAUCUUGCCUCUACCUUGAAGGAUGAGUGGACACGGGAUGAGCAACAAGAGUUAGAAGAGACACUGUUGAGCCGGAAGCGUUUCCGGGACUUGGCUAUCACGCCUCCUCUUAGCCCUCGUGAUCAUCAAGGAGACUACUUUGUUCCUAGCGAGGAGGCUUGCCAAAUCCCCAUUUCAUCAGAUCCUAGCACUCUACUUAAGGACGAUUUGAAAAAGGCUGAAUCCCUACUUGCUUCUUCCCCUAGGGACUUGCCAUUGCUCUAUCCAAGACAGCCGAAGAUCGACUCAUUGAAGGUCGAGGGGCCAUUAACCCCAUUGGACUCUUUACCACCGUCAUCGGAGUUAGCAAUAGAUAUUUCAGAUUUCGCAAAUGACGUGGAUAUUGAUUGCGUCUUGGUCAAUCAACAUUCAGAUCAAGUCUCUCGAACAACUGAAGAAGUGCUUGAUAAAAUCUUCAGCGACGAUACUCUGGCCUUGCUAGAGGAUAAAGCAUCAUCCGUAAGGAGAAAUAUUGACCAGGAGCAGCUGCAAAGCGUGGAUGCGAUCGCUCGAAUAGAAAUCCCCUCGAUGGACUUCUCAAUUCCAAAACCCGAAUGGCAAAACGUUUCUUUGGACGCUACGUCGCAAUUGAGAUGUAUAGAGAAAACAUGCAAAGCUUUCAACAUACCGCCGUGGUCCAAAAACUCACAAGCAGAACGGGAGCUCCAGUGGUCUCCAUUUCCAUCUCGGAUGGGUCAUAUCUCUUUGACUGAAUCGAUUGAGAGCAACGAUAUAGUCAGAGACCUUCUGAACUAUCCUAGUAUCAAUGGUAUAGUCACGAGUGCAGACUAUGUUUGGAAGAAACCAGGCCUGGCAAUUCUUCAGGAGUUCGAAGAAGAGGAGGAGCAGCUGAGGCAUUCCUCGGAAGAUAGCGACAACAUAAAUAUAGAGUCUCUUGUAAGAAAAAGAAAACUCGAGAUCGCUAACUUAGAUCUAGAACCUAGAACUUCGGGAGGCUCAGAUUCGCCAGUUGACCUAAUUCAAAAUACCCAGAACACAGCAUCAGAAUCAGAGCAACUUCCUAACCUCCUUCUCGGUCAUAAUGAUUCCUCUGCCACAUCAACGCUACUUUCUAACCAUAUCAACUUUCAUACCUCAAAGCGACAAAAGAAUAUGAAGAGUUCCUUCUUUUCACAUUCAGCUAAACCUGUGGCCGCAGCCGAGGAAAAGGGGAGCUUAGAAGCUGUUGCCACCAAGGAACUGGAGGCAAAGAACCCAUCCAAGUCUGAUAUGAAGCCUAAGCAAGGAUUUACCACUCCGUGUCCCAAAUACAGACCAACAUCUACCCCGACAAAAAUCAUCAAGGCCCUAACACUUGAGCGCGGGGUAUUCUCACGUCUCGAGAAAUUUUAUCCAAAUGCUGAAAUCAUCGAACGAGACUUCGACCGAUGGAAUAGGUUAACAUGGGAUCGCAACUCGAUAUCUCGUUCACCGAUUAUCUCGCCGCUUGCGGCUGAAGCGGACGUAACCGUCUCGCCCGCAACCGGGAUCAUAGUCACUACGCUACUCAAAGCUAUGCAAAAACCAUCACCGGGCCACAAGGGUCUUGCAGCAAUUCGCGAACGUAUUCGCAACGUCGCGCAUCGAUACGAACGCCUCAUUGUGCUCGUGUCGGAGGGAAACCGAAUCGACGAGACGGCGCGAGAUCUCACACCAUCUGAAUGUGCCGCUUACGCCGACUUUUCCGGGUUCGUGGUUGGACAGGACACUAAUGCGCAAGUAUAUUACGUAGGGGGCGGCAUUUGCACACUCACAAAAUGGCUGGUCUCCUACUUAACCUGCUAUGCCCCCGAGGCCGCUGAAGCGAGAGAUCUUCUUAUCCAGGAGGAGACGCUAUGGGAGCUGUUCUUACGGCGAGCCGGGAUGAAUGCAUACGCUGCGCAGGCUAUUCUUGGACAGCUGAAAGCUCCAGAUGAUAUAAGGGAAGAGGACGCCGAUAAAUAUGGGCUGCCGGCGUUUAUUAGAAUGACACCCGCAGAGAGAGUUGAACAUUUCCGGGGUGUAAUGGGCGGGGAGAGGGUAUUGCGUAGAGUGAACGAUGUUCUGGAGACGCGGUGGGGUUGAUUAAAUUGUCAGACCAAAGCUAGAUACCAUGUUGCUAGGGCUAGAUUAUGUUGAGUUGCUAUGUCGUGCGUUGUAACGUGGAGGAAAUGAAAUCUGGCGGAUAACCAAAAGAUGUCUUGCACCCUUUGCCUACUGGUUUUGGCUUACAAUCU